AUGGCCCGCACUCGCUCGACACACUCCGCGACCCGCUCCGCCACUCGUCAAUCAGUUCAACCACUCAAGUACGGCUUGUCGAACAUCCACCACCACCGGACCAUCACUACAGCGGAGAAGAGGGGCUUCUCAAAGAGCAAGAAGGGCAAUAAACCUCUCACGGUCGGCGCAGGCGCCAAGAAGAAGAAGUCGCACGCUGUCGGACGCUCGAGGCCGAUGUCACGCCGCCCAACUCGCAGGCGUACAGCUGUCUCGUCAGUCGUAUCGUCUCGCGUCGCUCCCGACUUGCGCAACGAAGGCGAGGAGGAUGGGGACGACGAGAAGUCGAGCGAUGAGGACGUAGACGAGGAGGAGUCGAGCGAGGAGGAGAACGCGCCGAGUCGCCGGAGCAAGGUCAAGGAGACGUGCGAGCGCAAGCAGAGAAAGGUGAAGACGUUGCACCGCCUGAGCAAGAUUGAACUCGUCAAGAAGGUAGAGGACAUGAUGAUGAAGCACGGCGACGAGGUCGAUGCCCUCAAGCGCGAGAUCAUCAAGGUCAAGGAGAAGCUGAGGCGCUACAAGAACAAGAAGAACGUCGAUGUCGGAAGCUCGAGCGACGCGGAGCUGGAAGAGUGGCGCCAAGCGGUGUUGGAGGAAAGCGACUUGUCGAGCGGAAGUUCAGACGACUCGGGCCGGUACAAGCCAGGGAGGAGCCCGUACAGGAAGGUUAAGACGUGA